CAAUAAAACCUUGCAAAUUAAUUUUGUUGUUGUAUAAAAGAAGGGGCUAAACAGAACAAAGAGGAGGAUUAAGGCGCCAAAGCCAUGGCAGUCUGCAGUCCACCCAUUGCUCUUGCAUUCCCAUGUCUUUCUCCUGCAAAAUUCUCCCUCAACUCUUGCACCCUAGAAAUGAAGUUUUGGGGUAAAAGGAGAAAUAGAGUUAUAACUUUAGCGGCUUCAUCACCGAAUUCGAGUUACAAUGUCGAACGAAAAAGGAAAGUUGUGGAACAUUUAUGUUUAUUGAGAGCUAAUGAAGAUUUAUCUGAUGAACAAGAGAAGGAUAUGUUGGACAACCUUUAUACAUCUCAGUAUCAUAUGGCUGGCAUAGUUGCUAUAUCUUUAGGACGGACCUCAGAUCAAAAUCCUGAAAACUACACCCAUGGCGUUUUCAUGCGUUUCCACAAAAAGGAAGACCUUGCCAAAUAUUAUCAGAAUACUUCUUAUUUGCGUGUUCUCAAGGAGUAUGUUUCACCUUAUUGUCAUGACUUACUAUAUGUGGAUUUCGAAGCUGAAGUAGAAGAUGAUAUCCUUGCCAUAUUUCGGAAAGGAGAGGAGUUUAAUUAUGGAGUGGAGUUUGUGCUUCUGAUUAAGUUUAAUGAGGGCGCUUUAGAUGGACCAGCAGAAGAUGCAUUGACUUCCCUUGCAAACUUGGCAUUCGAGUUUCCAUCCUUGAUUGUGCAGUCUACUCAAGGUCGCAAUUUUAAUCUCGAGAGCAAGGAGUACACACACGCAAUAGUGACUCGAUUCCGAUCUGUUGAAGCUCAGAAAAUCUUCAUGGAUAGUUCAGAGUACAAUCAUAUAUGGGAAUCGAAAUUACUGCCAAUUAUCCUUCAAACUCUUUCGUUCCAUUUCCUCGUGGCUCCAGUAGGCACUGAACUCAUGUAAAGGCAAGCGGCAACUGUAUCUGCAGUUCGGUUAAACUUGAUGCAUACUAGUCCUGUAUAAUCCGAAGAUACUCCAUAUGCAACAAUAUUUUCUUCACUCAGAUAUCUAUCUAGAGCUUCAAAUUUGUGAUUGAUUGGCUCUGAAUAGUUACGUGCGUGUUGAAUUUUUGCAGGGGUUAAUGAUGUUUACCUACAUAAUUGCCGAAUUAGGAAAGGUUUCGCACAUCCUUUUUGAAUGGAGGAGUACUAGUGAAUUGUGAGCUGAUUAGCGAGUUUUAAAUUGAUCUGUUGCCUGUUUCCCCUGUAUCAACGGUUGAAUAAGAGAUCAAAUUAUGUAUGGAAUUGCUUGUUGAACUAGGAAAUAUGUUUAAUGUUAACCAGGAGUAAUGAA